AUGCGCGCGCGCCGAUCGCUCUACAAACGUUAUAAAAUAUAAUAAUCAUCAUCGCAUCUGUAAAUAUUUGUGCGGAACAUCAUAACAGUGUCUAUACAGGAUUACUCGGUGAAAGAAAAAACAUUAAUCGUUACAUUUUAUUACGCAUGAUCGAGUGGUCGGAUUUUUGUGAACGCGUAAAUUAGAUUUUCCAUUUGAUCUAAAGACUCUCUGAAGUUUUGAGACUAUUCAACAGCGUCUUAAAAUUAAACAUUGACUGUGAAGGAAGUGAGGCAGACGAGGUGUAUUUAGAAACCUAAUUAAUGUCAGAAAUAGAAAUGAAUAAUGGAAGCAAGCCGUAUUUUUUUGUGAUUUAUUGUUUUCAAGGUUUAAUUAGUGUGUGUAGAAUGUGAUGGAGUGGUGACGUCAAGAGGUUGGUGUGCUGGUGUGCGGUGACGUCACAGUGGGUCGGCACCAUGUCGCGGCGUGAGGUGCGCGAGCGCGGGGAGAUCCCCCACCCCCCUUACCCAAUGCCACCACCCAGCAAGUGUGCUAAAGUGCUGUACUACACAUGGAAGCUGUGCUCGGUGGUGUUCUCGCACUUCGUGAUGAUCAGCCUGGUGGUCGCGUACUGCAUCCUUGGUGCCGUCACCUUCGAGAAGCUGGAGGCGCAGAACGAGAGGGAGGUGAAAAUGAACAUAUCCCAGAUCCGGAGCAACACGACGCACAGCAUCUGGUCGAUGACCAAUCGCACUUUCGUGCUCAUCCAGGCCAACUGGACCUCCGACGUCGUCGAUAUGCUCAAGGACUUCGAGAACGCGAUCCUGCUGGAAAUGAAAGUCCGCGGCUGGGACGGCAGCGAGGAUCCCUCACGCAUCCAAUGGACCUUCACAGGCGCGCUAUUCUACUCCAUCAUCGUCAUCACCACCAUUGGGUAUGGCCACAUAGCUCCGAAGACUCAGACGGGCAAGGUGGUGACCAUUUUCUACGCCAUCCUCGGCAUCCCGCUGAUGCUGCUCACCCUUUCCAAUAUCGGAGAUGUGAUGGCUUCAUCUUUCAGGUUUUUGUAUUGGCGCGUAUGUUGCUACGUGUGUACGAGACCCCCCAAACGCCGACACCGCCAUCAUCAUGCUUCCAUGAGAAGAUCAGUAAGAGGCAGCAGUGGUCGUGGGUCGAUGCGCAGACGCCGCCCGCAGCCGCCGGCCACGAUGGAGCGUGCGCAUUCUGACACCGACUGCAGGUACCGGGACAGCGGUUAUAGCAGCGGGCGAGCGAGGCGGGCGCGGCCUAUGCAGGCGCAGACGCUACCGCGCACGCGCAGCCAGCCCCCCCAGCACUCCAGACACUCGUACUGUCCCAGAGAUUAUGACCGAGACGGCAGAUCACCAGCGCGAUAUGAAAAAUAUGGACAUAAUCGCUUUGAUGAAGAAGAAGAAGAUUUCCCGAAGAUAUCUCUUCCUCUACAAGACCUAGAAGCAGCUUUAAAGGAUUUGGAUGACCAUCAGCAAAAGAUAUCGAAACAAGACUUGAGAAGCAGAUCAUUACCACGACCCGCCAAGUCGAAGCCAGAGUGUGGACCGAGGAGGGAGAUCGAUGACCGCAGGUAUCUGGACGAAGGUGGCAAAGACUUUUUCGAAAUGCAUGACUUACAUGACGUGGACUAUGAGAACUACAAAGAGAGGAAAGCUAGAGAGAUGGAAGAGCGAGACAAGAGGAGAGAUGACCCAGAAGACUUCUACGGUUACAAGGAUAGAGGCUACGAUCCUGAAGAUGACGACUAUGAGUUCGACAGCCCGAGGGCCAGGAGAACGUGGCACGACAGAGACCCGAGCAAUAGAAGGUAUCGAGGUCACUCUGAGUACUACGAACGCGAACGCGACGAAGUGCCGGAGCGACGCGGGCGGCGCGCGCGCAGUGCCAUGUACGACUACGAGCGACGCUGGGAUGACGAGCGGCGACGCUGGGACGACGAACGCGACGUCGAGCAAGGCAGGCCGCGCCGGCUGCGGCGGCUGCAAACUGUUGACGACUCAGGGCGACCUUACCGCUAUACGCCAUCUCCUGAUCGAGAGGAGUGGAGUGACGAAAUAGCCGUAGUACCACGGCGACCUCGACAGUCAGGUUGGGAUACACAUCCUGUACCGUCAGAACCUACAAAAGAAGAGAUAAAGCCGGUGCCGAUCUGGCUGUGUGUGUUCCUGGUGGCGUCGUACAUCGUGGCGGGCACGUUCCUGUUCAAGCGCUGGGAGGGCUGGGCGUACCUGGACGCCGCCUACUUCUGCUUCAUCACGCUUACCACCAUCGGCUUCGGAGACUUCGUGCCCGCUCAGGGCCAGACGCAGGCGCUGGGCGGCGACGCGGCGGACGCGGUGCACUCGAUCGCGCUGUGCUCGCUGUACCUGCUGUUCGGCAUCGCGCUGCUGGCCAUGUCGUUCAACCUGGUGCAGGAGGAGGUGCGCGCCAACGUGGCCGCACUCGCCACACGCCUGGGCAUCAUCAAGCCCAAGGACAAUGACGACGACGACGAUGAUUAGAGCGUACGAGUUGUAACACCUAUGUCAGACGACUUUGGCGACUUAGAAGUCCUAAAUUCAAAGGGCUUUAUUUAUUCAACGAUGCAUACAUAAACUCACGCCCGUAAUUCGUAAUGGGGUGGGCAGAGCCAUAAGUAAGAAGAGCCAAAGUCUUGCAGCCACUGUUGAUACGAAUUCUUAAGAUGAAUACGAUGGACCUCAUGAUUUCACCAAAAAUAAUGUUUAAGUCAUUUUGCAAGAUGUUAUGGCUAAGGAAAAGGACUGACAAAAAACUGAAACAGCAACAUAUCUGAAUCUGAAUAAUCCUCAUUAGGGUUGCUGACAUUGAAUAUCGACCUUACAUCACAAAGAUAAGAAGAAAGAUGAUGAGAAGAGCGUAGGUAGCUCUGGCUAGAUACGAUAGAUUUAAAGACAGAUUCAGACACGCUGGUGCACGCCUCAGCGAAUACUCGUAUCUACAACAAGAGUUGGAUGUUUGUACGAGAAUCGUGCCCGUCUGUAGCUGAUCGUCGAAUUUAUGGAAUUAGUGCAAUUAAUAAUUAAAUGUUUGGUGAUGAAUGUACUUUAUCUAACAAUUUAUA